AGCCAUGUACUACACUCUCUCUAAUCUUGGUACUAGAAGUAGAUUUUAAAGGGUACUCACUACUUUCUCUCUCUUCUACUUUCUCUCUCUAACUCUAGGGUUUCUACUCUUCAAAAUCAACAUUCCACCAAAACCCCCAUUUUCCUCUCAGAUUCAGAUUGUUCUUAGAAAGAGAGAAAAAGGGUUUUUGUUUACUUUGUUGUUGUUCAUCGAAGAUUCAAACUUUAUGCAAAUCUAGCUGAAGAAGAAGCAGCAGCAGCAAAAACCCAGAAAAGUAACAGCUAAGGAAGCAAAAGGGUUUAUUGAGAUUUCAUUUGAUUUUGAUUAAUCAAAUUUGAGUGAUUUUUAUUGACACAAAUGCCUGAAGCAAAUUUGGGAAAUUAGCAAAUUUCUGGGAUCUGAUUUGUUUGUUGUUUAAUAGAGAACUGAGGAUUGAGAAAAACCUCAACAUUUUGCCAAAACUCAGUUUUAUUUACUUGACAGUUAGUUGAUAUCUUUGUUUUUCUGGACCAAAGAAAUUAAGGAACUUACCCACAAAAUUUGAGGAUGGACAGAUCAAGAUCUAAGAGGAGCUACUACUAUGACCACCAAGACUAUGACCCAGAACCAUUUUCUAGGACAAGACCAAGGUACAACAACAACAGCAACAACUCUGCUCCUAGCCAACACCAUUACCCCAGUAGUCGCCAUCGAGGCGGCGGAGGAGGGGGUGGGUUUGGUGGGGGUGGAGGAGGAGGUGGGGGUGCUGGUGGAGGUGGUGGGAGAAUGGGAGGAAAAGGCGGUUCGGAUUCAUCAAUGGUGACCACUAGUUAUAGGAUACUAUGCCAGGAUAUGAAGGCUGGAGGAGUGAUUGGGAAAUCAGGAAGUAUAAUUAAGGCAAUUAGGCAGCAUACUGGGGCAUGGAUCAAUGUUCAUGAGCUAAUGCCUGGUGAUGAGGAGAGGAUUAUUGAGAUAUCUGAUACUAGGAGGAGAGACCCUGAUGGGAGAAUGCCGGCAUUUUCGCCGGCUCAAGAGGCUUUGUUUUUGAUUCAUGAGAGGAUUCUAGAGAGUGAAGGGUUUGUGGAUGGAGAGGGUGAUUAUGGUGGUCCUGGGAGAGGUGGAAUGGCUGGUGGUGCUGGGAGUAACAAUGGGAGGGUGGUAACAAGGUUGGUGGUAUCAAGGCUGCAUGUGGGAAGUUUGUUGGGGAAAGGAGGGAAGAUUAUUGAGCAAAUGAGGGUUGAGACAAAGACCCAGAUUAGAAUACUCCCUCGCGAUCAUACCUUGCCUCGUUGUGUUUCAAUGGGAGAGGAGAUUGUUCAGGUUGUUGGUGAUACAAAUGCUGUAAAGAGUGCCAUAUCUAUAAUUUCAUCACGUUUAAGAGAGAGCCAGCACCGUGAUCGCACUCAAUACCAGGGGCGACAUAACAACUCAGAGGAACGCUUUGUUGAAGAAGACUUCAAUCCACACAUGAAUCGCAGAUCUUCUAUGGAUGGUGCUCCUUAUAGUUCUCGAUUAAAUUCUUCUAAUAACAGGGGCAAUAACUACUCAUCUCGAUCCGGUGGUUAUAUGUAUGAGUCUGAAGGUGGUAACCGUACUGAGAACUUUCAGCCCUCUUUUGAAGACCUUGUGUUUCGAAUACUUUGCCCAAAUGACAGGGUUGAUAGUGUAGUAGGGGAUUCCAGUGGGAUCAUGGAUAUUCUUCAAAAUGAAAUUGGUGUGGAAGUUAAGGUUUCUGAACCGUCGGAUGAUUCAGAUGAGCGCAUUAUUAUGAUAUCAUCUGAUGAGGGGCCCGAUGAUGAACUGUUUCCAGCUCAGGAAGCGUUGCUGCAUAUACAGACUCGAAUUGUAGAUUUAGUUCCAGACAAGGAUAAUAUUGUCACUACAAGGCUGCUUAUCGCAUGUAAUGAUAUCGGAUGCUUAGAAGAAGGAGAUGGAUUUUUAUCUGAGCUGAAAAAAUUAACUGGUGCAGAUGUAGAAGUCCUUCCGAGGGAGAAAGUUCCAGCAUACAUAUCAGGCUCUGAUGAGCUUGUCCAGAUUGUUGGGGAGAUUAAAGCAGCUCGUGAAGCUCUUGUUGAGGUGACUGCUAGACUGAGGAGCUAUCUAUAUAAAGAAUUUUUCCAGAGGGAUAUGCUUCCACCACCUGAUCAAGCUCCAGGCUCUUUUGGAAAUGGGCCUUCUGGCCCAGAAUCAGCAAACAAUUCUGCUCCAGCUUAUGAAUCAUUGGGUAAUGAGGCUGUAAUUUCUCAAAAUGUGCAAACUACUGCUGCUGGACAACCAAAUAAGGAUGCUGGAUUGUCAAGCAGCGAAACAUCAAGACAUAAUGAAGGUGACCGUCGUGAAGAUAGUGCCAGCAGUCGCCGUGAAGAUACACCAACUAGCUUGAACAGCGGCAGGAUCCAGCUACCUAUGGUCACUAGGAGCACUCUGGAAGUUGUCAUACCAGAAUAUGCAGUUACGAGGCUUCUAGGGAAAUCCAAAAACAAACUGGCUCAAAUUAGUGAGUUAUCUGGUGCCAAUGUUUCUCUGAUAAAUGAUGAACCUGAGCUGACUGAAAAAGUCAUCAGGAUAAGGGGAACUCCAGAGCAGGCUGAGCGAGCCCAGAGCUUGCUCCAGGGUUUUUUCUUGAGCAUUCAAGAAGACGCCCCAUGAGGUAGGUGAAGUUGAUAACCUAUCCAGCGAAAUGAGGAGCUCUUUCAACUUCCCGUCUGUUGUUGUUUUCAGCAUCUUUUUGGUUAGGCCUCUGAACAUCUUUUCUCAAAUCCUUAGAUCUUCCACAUAAAGACUAAGUAGGUGUUUUGAGUUUUCGGAAGCGAGGAAAUCAGAGGGUCUUUUUUGUUUGUAAAUAUGUACCAGAAUGCUCUCAGGCUUACCUUUGGAUUUUCUAGAUGUUGUACCAAGUCGAAUUUGUCAAUGUAUUAGUACUGUUAGUAGGCAGUAGACUCGGUACCUCUCUAGUCUAGUUGAAUGUAUCAUUUUGUUUUCAUGGAUGAUGUUUUAUCAUUUCCCCCUGAAAAAGGAUGCCUGAUGAUGCAAUAUGUCCUCGAUACAUACUGUUACUUCACUUGGAUUUGGAUGAAGAUUCAUGUACUCCACAAUUUUGUAGUAAUUUGGAGGACAAUAGCAGGCAGAAGCAGAGAAUGUUAGUGUA